AAAAGGAUUGGUACCACGUGACGUAAAAUACUGUACAGAUAUGUUAUAUUAUCGAUAACUUCAUUCCAAUGGUAAUAUUAACGGCGCGUGUGAUCUGUUGCUGUCAUUUAUUAUUGGUUUUAAGUAUUUCUAAUCUACAAAUAUUAUUAAAGUAUUUCUCAUAAUAGAUUGUUCUCUAUAUAUAUAUAUAUAUAUAUAUAUAUUAUUUUUUAAUAUUCUACAAACUAUAGUUCCAAACAAGUUUAUUGCAGUGAUAUAUAGAUAUUUCAUUUGAGCUUGAACUUAUCAAUUUCUUUAUAAAUUGUUCAUACCAAUCUGAAGUAAGUGAAAUUCAUUGUUUAUUCAUGCUAUAGAUAAAAAAAGAAGCAUAAUUAACAAUAAAUAUACAGUUAAAGUAAAAGGAUUAAAAGCAAAGAUCGAAAAAAGUACUAAAGUUGUAGUACUAUUAAUAAUUAUGUAUCCGUGCAACUCCAUGACAGUUAUGUCAGAUUCAGUUGAAUGACUAUGGACCACACGAAUGUUAUGUUCAUAAUGGAUUUUAAAUAAAUGCCGACGAUAAGUGCCUUUCAGUGCCAACAGCGAAGCAUAUAUAUGUAAACAUAUGUCAUACACGCACACACAUGUCUGAAGAAUUCCGUGUACUGUACGAUUUGAGAAAAGAAGUAUACCUGAAAGACCUGUUUGGGGUUUGAGCUUGAGUUUUGUCCGCAUAAUUUGAGGGUGUCAUACGCUGCGUCAUCAAACUCCGCAGUUUUCCCGUAUUUUCCGAAUUCUUUUUCUCGCUGGAUUCGCCUGUAGGAGGCGCUUCCAAUACGAAGAAUCAGUACGAAGAAGAGUGUACGAGCAGAACGAUGUUGUAACUAACGGCCAAAAUGGAAGAGCAAAGCGUUCACAGCAGUAUCAGUGAUAUAAAUAGUGAAGAAGCAGUUAGGAAUGAAUCUGUGAUUAUACCACGUAAGAAAAGAAUAUGUUUAAUUGGUGCAGCUGGUGAUGAUCCUGCGCUUGGUGCUGCUGCUCAGCAGUUUAACGUACCUGUUCUCAAAUCAAAAACUGGUUUAGAAUAUGUAGAAGAUACGGCAUAUUGUACUUAUUUUAUAUUAAAAAGUUUUGAGGGACCUGAAUAUGAUGCUCUUCAUAAAAGUGCUCAUAGAAUUUUGGGGCCGACGGCACUUCUGCAAUUGACAGAAAGAAAGGACUCGUUACCUAGUAUUAAUAGACCAAUGUAUACACAAGCCAUGGUAGGCACAGUAGUAGUGUUUACUGGAUUCAGGAAAAAAGAUGAAUUGACUAAGUUAAUUAAUAUGAUACACAAUAUGGGUGGAAGUAUCAGAAAAGAAAUGGGUGCAAAGGUGACGCAUCUCAUUGCCAAUUGUUGUGGUGGAGAUAAGUACCGGUAUGCUGUCACAUUUAGGGUCCCUAUUAUGUCCAUGGAGUGGGUGAUAGCUCUCUGGAAUGCCAAAGACGAUAUUUCCAAUUAUGGAAAUAAUGAAGAAUUGAUUGCAACCUAUAAACUAAAACCAUUUUUUGGUGCAAAAGUAUGUUUCUUCGGUUUUCCUGAAGAAGAAAAACGUCAUAUGUGUGAAGUUUUACAACAGCAAGGUGGUGAAUCUACAGAAAUUGAUGAUCCUAAUUGUACACAUGUGGUAACACAUAUAGGAAGUCAUCAGUACAAGAAAUCAAACUUCAGUGCUUCUGAUAUGCUACCAUGUACUAAAAAUCCUAAUUAUACUCCACACCAUUAUACGGAAACGAAACCAUUUUCCUUUACUUUCUAUAACCCAUAUACUCAUACUAUACCUAAUGAAAAAAAAGUAGGUCCUUCAUAUACUUGCAACAGUAGAUGUUUUAAUUUCAUCAAGAAACAAAGUAGUAGACAUUUGUCAUGUAAUUUUUGUUCUCUGAUUCAUCAAUAUGUAGAAUGCAAAGAAAAUGUAUGCAAUCAUUCCAUACUAGAUGAUAUUAGUCAAGAUUCAGAUAUCUAUAUAGAUGAUAAUUUAAAUGAUUAUCUAAGUUUUCCAGACGAAUCUCACAAUACAUCUAAGUUAUCAAUAUCACAAACUGAUUCUGGUAUUGAUAUGUCCACAACAAAGUCUAAUUUUAACAUAACACCAACAAAUGACUUAACAGCAUUAAAACGAACAAAUGUUCUUAUUCCAUCUACUCUAUUGGGGAAAUAUCCUACCUUUACAUCUUCAUUAGAUUACAAUAACAAAAGAAUUGGCAACAUUGUAUCUGAUAUUGCUUUAAACGAAUAUAAGAAUAUUAAUAAUGGUAAUAUUCAUACUCAAUCAGAAUUCUAUAAUUUUAAAUCAUCUACAUUAUGUAAAAAAAAAAUUACUCGGUACAUGAACAAUCAUUGCUCUGGUGGUACAGCUCAUUUAUUGAAAUUUUGUAAAAGCACACAAUGUCUACAUAAUUCUUUUUUCCUUAGCAAAAAGAUUACAACUCCAAGAAGAUACGUUAAAUGCAAAGCCAAGUCUUAUGUCAAUAUUCAUAGAAUUACUUCUUCAGAUAAAUUCAAAUUUAAGAAAAUACAUUCUCAUCCGAAUCUAGUAGGGCAAUAUGGCUCAGAAUUAAAUGAUCCUCUUUUGCACAGUUCUCAUACAAAAAUGAAAAGAAACAAUUUUAAUCAGUUAAAUUUUUCUCCAGCACUUAAACAAUAUGAUCUGGUUAGUCACCAAAUUUCAGAAAUUCAACAAAGGCAAAUAUAUACUCCUUUACCUAGUCCACUUCCUGUACUUGCUAAGGUAGCAGAAAUAUCGAAGUCCAAACAUGGCUCAAGAAAUAUCUUUGCAUCAGAUGGAAAAUACUCAAAUGUUUCUUCUAAACAUUGCCCUUUGAAAGGUGAUGAUUUGAAACUGGAGAAACAGGACGAUAAAACAUUACCUUUGGUUGUAGAUGAAUCAAAUGUAAAUGCAUUACCCGAUUUAGCAUCUGUGAGAGCUCACAUUGUUAAAGCUGAAUGGUUUUGGACAUCUGUUCAAAAUGAAGGUGCUGCUGAUGAGAAGGAAUAUUUGUUUGAAGAUUAUUUGGAAUCCGUUCUAUCGCCAACUGUAACAGCAAGACGUGAUAGUCAGCAAGCUGUUACUCCCAGUACAGCAUCUACAAGACGGAAACGUAAACGCUUGGCAGAAACUUUAUCUAGUCUGGUUCAAAAUGGUACAGAUUCACCAGCAUUGCAUAAAAGACGAUCUAGUAUCAGUGAUGCAGGGCAUUUAAGUGUUAGUGGAAGUUUCUUGGAUUGUACAACAAGUCCAGAAAAACCACUACUUGAUGAUAUUCCAGAAGUGGAAGCUGUUAAUACCGACAACACUAGGAAAAAUUUAUCUCCGCGUCAUCAAGUUUUCUUAGAAUUAGUACAAACGGAGUCAAAUUAUGUUGGAAUUCUUAGUACAAUUAUGACGUUGUUUAAAUCACCAUUGGAAGAUCUCAUAGAUACUAGUGGUGAAUUGUUAAAUGGUACAGAAGCUAAAAUUAUAUUUGGAAAUUUUCCACCCAUUUAUGAAGUCCACAAAAAAAUGUUAGAAGAAUUGAGAUAUAGUGCCACUUAUUGGAUGGAAGAUAUAAGCAUAGGUAAUAUAUUUUUGAAGUUUGCACCUGACCUAGUCAAGGCGUAUCCACCAUAUGUCAAUUUCUUCGAAAAUACGAAGGAGAUGCUUGAUCAAUGUGAUCAGAAUAAACCACGAUUUCACGCUUUUCUGAAAGUGUGUCAGACAAAACCUGAAUGUGGCAGACAAAGUUUGAAGGAAUUACUGAUUAAGCCAGUACAAAGAUUGCCCAGUAUUAGUUUAUUACUAAACGAUAUUCUUAAACACACGAAUAAAAAUAAUCCAGAUCAUAGUGCAUUGGAAUUAUCCAUUAGCAGUAUUAAAGAAGUCAUGACGUACAUAAAUGAAGAUAAAAGGAAAACUGAGGGUCAGUUAGUUAUGUUUGACAUUUUCAAUGAAAUUGAUAACUGUCCACCGCAUUUAGUUUCUUCACAUCGGUCAUUUAUUGGUAAAUGCGACGUGAUGGAACUUAGUGAGGGCUUAAGUGGGCGUGGCGAUCAUUUAGUUUUGUUCUUGUUUACUGAUACUCUUGAAAUAUGUAAGAAAAGAUCAAAAGCUUUUAACUCGUUAAAGACUCCAAAUACAGCAAACGGACUGCAUACAACUAAAUUAAGUCAGGGAAAACCGUAUAAACAUAUCAAAAUGUUAUCACUUAGUACGAUAAAGAAGGUCGUGGAUAUACGAGAAACUGAUGAAUGCCAUAAAGUAUUUGCUCUAAUGGUAAGAAGUAAUCAAGAAUUAAAAGAGAAACUGUUUUCAUUUACAAUUACUGAUGAGGAAGUAAACAAGACAAAUUAUUUACGAACCUUGUGUAGACAAAUGGCUAAUACAGUAUGUAAAGCUGAUGCAGAUACGUUCUUGAUAAGUUUAGAUUCACAUCAACUUGAAAUUGACACAAGUGAUGUAGCAUUAGGAACAUUAAGUAAAGCAUUUAAGAGCCUAUUUCAUAAUUUUUACCUGGAGUAUAUGGACCCGUAUGUGUUCCUACUCAAUAGCAUGUGUGAAACCACAUUACAUGUCCCACUACCGUUUGCAUCCCGUACAAGGAUGAAAGUCGGCAGAGCGUUUAGUUUUAAUAAAACUCCAAGUAAAUUGAAGAGGGCAAUGUCAACAAUGAUGUCACCAUUUGGAUCAACUAAUAGUCUCACACCAGCAAGUCAACAGCUUGCGCAGAUGCGACUUGCCAGUUGCAAUAACAUUAACGAGCUGGGUAAUGGUGGUUCAGGCUCGCCAUCUAGAGACGAUGUUCUAGUAGCACCUAUGUCGGUUCAACCGACACGAAAGGCCAAAUGCAGUUCCCUGAGUAUGGCUUCAUUAAGAAGAAAUUGUUCAGAAGAAGUCAUGCAAGACAAAUCCGAUCUUUGAAGUACAACGCAUGCACACCUAUACUGUAUGUUUUCUUUGGUAUCAAUGAGAUUUAUGUGAAAGUAGAAAAUGUUAUGGAUGUUAAUGGAACAAGUAUGCUUGCACCUCAACUUAAAUAUUGCUGUCUGCAAUAUAUGAAGUUGUAAAACAUUUGCGUAAAGAUCAGAUGAAACAGACAACAUAUUUGUAGAUUUCAAUAAGAAAAUUCAACAUUUGUAUUAGCCAUGUGCCAAUAGAACCACACAGAUUUUUAUGAACAAAAUGUACAUUUCCAGUUACAUUUUAAGCAGUUGCAAUUACAUAUUAACGACGUACCAUAUGUAGUACUAUAUUAAUCGUUAAUUUAUGUAUGUAAUAUUUAAAUAAUUCGAACUUGUCUCAGGAAGGUAAAUGAAAUUGAACUUAAGGAAGGAGAAAAGAUAUUACGUUUCCAGUGUUAUAAGAAUUUCAAUAUGACAUACCUUCUACAAGAAAUGAAAAUACGAAAAUUGUGCCAUUUUAUUUUGAUAAAUAAUGUUUAGAACAUAUUACAACGUUUUAAACACCGCUUGUGGUUCUUUAUAACGAAAGAAGUAAUUAUUUAAUAUUAAUUUAUGAAAUUAACAUUAAUUAUACAUUUCUUAUCUAAGCUUUAAUUCAACUGCCAUGGUUUUCAUCAUUGCGGUUUUAAUUCAUUCAUGUGAAUUGCAAUAACUGACUAUGACUAUAUUAUCUGUAUGGUAUUCUGUUGCCUCUAUACAUGUAUCACCUUUAUGAUACUGUAAUGUAUCUUAUUACGUUCUUACUUCUUUCUUUUAAUAGGGUAAGCAUAUCGUAGUAAAUGUAAGAAAGUAAUUAAAUGCAAAAAUAAUAGAAAAAUAAGAUACACAUAAAUAUCAAAACCAUUUUCACUCUAAAUAAUGUAUAGGUAGUAUUAGAUAGUUAUAGAGAACUACAGUUUAUUAGCAUUAUAUUACUGUUACCUCUUUUAUAUUUCUUUGAUUAUACGCUUAUUGUAAUUGCAGAAAUUUUAAAGAUAUAACUAAUCAAAGCUAUGAAAUAUUCAUGGAACUAUUCACAUGUUUUCAAUUGCAAAAACUGCAUAUGUAAUUUGCAUUAAAAAUUCCGUAGAACAUUUUAAUUUUUAAACAUUGUAAACAUUUGUGAGAUUCAUUACAUAUUUUAUAAGGGACAGAAUAUUGGUAUAAAUGAAAAUUACUAUUUUCUAUGUUGCAAUUUCUUCGAAGUAUACAUAGUAACUAUUUUUAAGAACCAUAUUGUAAUACUGUGCUUAGUAUUACAUUUUAUUUAUAAUAUAUAAGAAAUACUUGUCAAUGUUUUCAGCUCCGUGAGCAGUUAAAUGAAUAUAUUACAAGAUUCAAAUAAUAUCUGGUAUAUUCAUUGAAAAAACAAUAUUGUUACGUAAAAUAUAUAUAUUUGGCAGACUAGAAAACUGUUUCUAUGAUUAGCUACUUGGUCAAUUACAAACAAUAGUUGUGAUAAAAUACUUUUUCUUUGGUUUUAAUAAUACGUUCAGAGAAAGGUUGAAUUUUGAAAAAAAAUUUUAUUUUUAGAAAUUGAAUCGAAUUUGAAAAUUAAUCAAACAUAUUUUUGUCCAUAAUACAAAAAAAAGUUUUUGUUUCACAUGAUUUUCAAUUUUUUUGAAGAUUAUGUUUUAGAAAAAGAAUUAUACUAUUACUCGAAUUCGAUAUUAUUUUUGUGAAAAAAUAUUGUCAAUAAAUGCAAUUAGGUAUAAUCAACUAAUAUUUUAGAUUGUGGAUUUAAAGGUAUAUGUGUUUGACUUGUGAAGGUCAAAAUUAAUCGAAUUCAAUUUUUUUAAUUGAAUACGAAUGUAAAUUAUAUUUAAAGUCCUUGUAAUAAUAACUUGCACUGCUUGCAAUAUUCUUUUAUUUCACUAAUUUUUAUUAUCUUUAUUUUCUUAUAAGAAAAGCAAAGUGAAGAGGAAAAAGGAAAUAUUUUAUUUUUUAUAUAAUAUUUAAAUGAUUAAAGUUGCAGAGAUUAUAUAAAAAAGAUUAAGAAUGUUUACCAAAAAGAUCAAUGGUGAGAAAAAAUAUAAAUAAUAUUUUUCUUUUUAAUUAACGAAACGAUUAAAAUUGAAAGAUUGUAUAAAAAAAGGCAAGUAAAAGUUUGUUAGUUUUUUACAAGGACUUGACUAUUUAGCGAAAUUCUUGCCUCGUUAACUCUUGCGUCUUGAAUGUCUAUUUAAAAAACGUGCCUUUACACAAAAAGGACCAUUAAUUACGAAAAUUUUCUUAAUAUUCUAAUAUAAAAAGAAAAACGAGACUUUAUUCAUGAUAUUUUUAUAACUGUUCGUUUUGCACUGAAAGGGCGUUUCACGAAUAAUUGUGGUAGUGGGGCUCUGGUAACCCACCAUAUUUCGAUUUUUAACUUAUAUUAGAUUCAUAAGAUUUUUAUAUCAUCUGUCUUAACGUUCGGACGAAACGGUCGUUUGUAUUUUUGACCAAACAAAAAGCAUCUUCUAGCACUGUACAUGGACAAAUUGAUAACAAAAACAUAUCAAGUAAGACGAUAUAAAGAACAUAAAAAUAAUUAUAAAAAACAAUUAAAUUGUUUUUUAAAAGUCUUCUUUAGGCAGACUUGUAAAUUCGAAACACAGAUUAAUCGAAUUUAAAAUUUGUAUUCAAACUGUUAAUAUAUUUUUCAUAUACAUGUAAUGUCCAUGGACUGUGAUAAGUAUCCUAAUAUUCUUUAAACUGUCGCGUAUCUGAAAAAAGGAUCAAUGUCUCGACAUUUUACAGUUGUGGAACACGUUCCACGUUCCACGUUCCACGAAAUAUUUGAACUUUAUUUAGCUUCGCGAACAUUGAUACUCGGUGUUUUUUCCUAUCGAAAAGGAAAAAAUUCCGAUUAACUCGAAGCAUUGUAAAUAUUUACUGAUAAGUAUAUACUAUAUAAGUGUAGUAUAGCGCAGAGAAUGUUUUUUACUACACUCAUAAUAAUAUUGUAAUACUUGUAAUUCGCGCAUAGUUGUUACUAUUUAUAUAAUACUGUAAUUGAUUGUAUAAAUUUACUCUUUAUUAUGUAAACAGACAA